GUCCCUUACCGUUGCCAAAGCAGUUUAUGGACGCAAGAAAGCACCGGGUUCCUCAUAGAAAGAAGCCUAAGUUUUGUAAUCUUCUCACGAGAUUGAAUCCAAAGCGGUGAAUUUCAAUAAACUUACGGUUUUGCCCAGUUGUCAAUUAAGAUCUCUAGGUUGACUUCGGAGCAACAUUUUCAAAAAGAUUGACUUGAAAAGUAAUAACUACUAGCCUUCACGAAAAAAUUCAAGGAAAAUUCAAUCGUCUCUGGACUUUUCUGUAAUAGCUUUUGUCUUUCUUCCAUGAAGCUGAGUUGUGCUACACAGCUCAUCACAUAAUUUAUUUCCUGGUAAGUUCCAUUUUCUUGAAAUGUUCAUCAAAUUAUGACAUGGGUUCAAAUUGUUUGUCUGGAUCCACUCUUCCGAAUACUCACUUAGGAAGUAUUAGCAAUACGAAUGCCUACCGUGGUUUCUGCAUUGGUUUACAGUGUAUUCUCUGAUGGGAAUCAUAGUUCUCAAUGAAAUUUCACCCAACUGUUCUAUCCACUCGCCUACUAUUGUAAAUUGAAUGUUAUAUAUGUGAUUGUUUUCAUUGGUUUACUCCGAGUUGGUAGUGUUUUGUACCCAAAUUUAAACUAAGAUUUACCAAUAUGCAUGCGUGGACCUGUAAUGUCAAAAUUGAAGAGGAAGAUCAAGUUCUUUGUCAGAACCUUAUUGUCUAUUCUUCAUAAGGUCUUUGACUGUUUGAAGGAAAAAGAUUCUUCAAUUUCUUCACCUAUGGAGCCUCAGGUAGAUCCUAAGAAGCCUGCUGUACCCAUUUCAUAUCCUUUGAAAACUCUGGAGGAGCUGCAAAAUAAAUCAUACUUUGAGUCCUUUCAUUUCCCUUUCAACAAAUGCUCUGUGCCUUUACCUCCUUCGAGGGUAUCAAAGCCACAGGAAAAUAGGCCCAGGAUGCUUGUCUGCCAUGAUAUGCAGGGUGGAUACGUGGAUGAUAAGUGGGUACAGGGAUCCAACAACAGCGAUGCCUAUGCAAUAUGGCACUGGCAUUUGAUUGACAUUUUCGUAUACUUUUCACACAAUCUGGUCACAUUGCCACCACCUUGCUGGACCAAUACUGCCCAUAGGCAUGGAGUGCAGGUCUUAGGGACUUUUAUCACGGAAUGGGAAGAGGGGCAGGCCACGUGCAAAACCUUGUUAGCUUCCAAGGAGUCUGCUCAGAUGUAUGCAGAUCGUUUAACUGAGCUUGCAGUUAAACUAGGAUUCGAUGGUUGGCUGCUUAAUAUGGAGGUCAAUCUGGAUUUGGAGCAAGUUAGUAACCUUAAGGUGUUCGUAGAUCAUUUAACUGUGUCUAUGCAUCAUUCAUUGCCAGGUUCCUUGGUCAUAUGGUAUGACAGUGUGACUAAGGAUGGGCAACUUAGUUGGCAAAAUGAGUUAAAUGAGUACAACAAACCUUUCUUUGAUAUUUGUGAUGGGAUAUUCCUCAACUACUCCUGGACGGAAGAUAUGCCUAAAAGUUCUGCUCUUGUGGCGGGAAAACGCCAAUUUGAUGUUUACCUUGGAAUUGAUGUAUUUGGAAGGGGCCAAUAUGGUGGAGGACAAUGGACGACAGAUGUUGCCAUAAAAGUUGCAAAAAAUGCUUCUGUAUCUGUUGCAAUAUUUGCUCCAGGAUGGGUGUAUGAGACUGACCAAAAGCCAAAUUUUGAGGAUGCAAACAAUCGUUGGUGGGGUCUUGUGGGACAAGUUUGGCCCUCUUCUCUAAACUAUCCUGAAUUAUUGCCCUUCUUCUCAAAUUUUGAUCAGGGGCAUGGAAAGGGAGUCUACAUAGAAGGACAAAAAGCCUUGGACAAGCCAUGGAACAACAUUUCUUGCCAAAGUUUUCAGCCACUUCUUGAAGUACCCCUAGAUACAGAAACAAGCAAACUACAAGUCUUCACAAAUUUUCAAGAUGAUUCAUACAAUGGUGGAGCAUGCAUUACAAUUAAAGGUGAUAUUGAGAAGGGCACUAAUUUUAUGGUGAAGCUUUUUCAAGGAACCAUAGCCUUGGGAAAUCUCCCUGUUCGCAUUUCAUAUUAUGUAAAAUCUGAAGAAAAUUCAGCACUUGGUAUUGUUCUAAAUUUUUCAAAUAGUCAGGGCAUUAAAACUAGUGCGUUUCUUGCACCUGAAGGAACUUCUGUCAGCAACAGUUUUACCGAUUAUCAGUCCAAAUUUGUUGUAUUACUUCCAAGCAAGAACCAAAAAAUAUCACCAACAAAGUUUUCCAUUCCCGAGGUCCAGGCUUCAGCAAGCCUCCCAAAGGUAAGCAAUAAUUGGGUUUUUAAGGAAUAUAACUUGAAAAUGGAUGGAUAUACGCUAAGCACGAUUUACAGUGUCAGCUACAAUGGGACCCUUAAUAGUGAUAAGGUUUCAGAAAUUAUCAAGGAAAACAAUUUUGUACCUUCAAGCUAUUCAACAUUUCAGGCGAGUGAACUUCUACAAAACCAGAAUGUGACAGGAUCUUCAUCUGCUAUAGAGAGCACUGCAAAUUUGGAAUACUGGGCAUCACUUGGAAACAUUUCCAUUACAUCCCCUGAGGAUGACAAGAAAGUUCCACCAUCAGAUAUGUGGAUAAUCAAUGGUACUGAUAUCUCUUGGGAGACGGCAUCCACAGGAGGUAGGAUGUUAAGCAUUAAUAUUGGCUGGAAGCUUAAAGAAGGAUCAUAUUUUUCAACUGUUGAACCUGGUUAUCCAUUUCCAAGAUAUGAUCUGUAUGUUGAGAGAAUAAAUCAACUUCAAGUUAAUAAAUUGAGAGGUAUCCAUCCCAUGAUGGACAAGGAGGUAGAUUAUUUGGGAGUAGCAGUCGUCCAAGCUUUCUAUGUAUCCAAUCUUCUGGUUCCUUCAGAAUGCAAGGCAUUGAAAUUCAUUCUGCAAGUAUGUAUGCCUUCUGGAAUUUUCGUUCCUCUAGAAGAUAGCCCAUCAUUUUCAAUCAAUGUACCAUCUAUGACAUGA